CGCUGAGGGCUUCUAUCGACGCGUGUGCGUCCUUGACCGAACAACAGAAGGAGUCGGCGGCGUUGUUGGUGUUAGAAUCAGCGGGCGAGGCUUCCACGGGACAUGGGGGAAGAAAGCGUCUUGAUCAUCAGUUCCUCGACAGCGCCAAAAUGGUAUGGGGCAUGUUCAACAAUGAGCCGUUCAGUCUCACGAGCGCUCAAUGCAUUGGUCGCAUUGACACCCUGAAAAUAUGGCUACAUCACAUGCAAGCUUUGAUGUCGACGGAGCAUACUCGUCGGAGCGCGCUGAUCCGGCUUUUGCGCCUCUCGCCUGAGGUCCAAGCUUGGGGCGCGGAACAGCAAGGCCUCUUCGUGAACAGCGCAGCGCAAGUCGUCCAAAAGAGACAUCGCAAGGUGCAGAUCUAUUUAAAUUGCCUACAAGACGCGCUUUCGAGUUCUGAUGACGAGCGACAGGAGGUCAUCGCUGAGCUUCAAGAAUUGUGGAAGGAUCCCGGUCAUCACUCCGAUGCUGAAGGACGCGUGGAGGAGAAGAAUCUUGCCCAGGGCCUCAUUCGGGGAAAAGUUGUCCGGCCCAGAGACGAAGUCCGACGUAGCGAGUACGGAGACCCGGCAAGGAAGCGAACGGCGCGCGAUUUGAGUGAUGAGGACGAUGAUCCCUCGUUCGAGCCGAGCCAGGACGACAGCUCUUCGGAGAGUGACACGGGCGACCACAGCGGGCAAGCUAACAAGCGCAAUUGCGACCCCAAAGCCUGGGAUGACCAGCAAACUCCCUCUAAACGCCAAAAGGCUCAGGUUUCAGACGAAAGUUCCUUCGAGAUGGAGUGAGCUACACUCCCCGACUUUGAAUACACAAAGGACGAUCUACUAGGCCUCUGAAUCUGAGGGCCGCGGCACACAUGUGCCCAACCAGCGAUAUCUUUCAAAUAUGUGUUCGAGAGGCUCUUCAUCAAAGAGUCGAGACAAAGCGCAAAACAAACCCCAGCACGAGUGUGUAUGGCGUCUUCGCGUCCGAAAAAUACAUGCGUGUUCAUCG